AUGGUGUUGGCAAAGGGCCUGAGGCCGCUACAGGUGGUCUGUCUCAUAUUCUUCGUCCGAAUUUUAUCAGUAUUCCUCGUGCAGACUUGGUAUGUUCCUGACGAGUAUUGGCAGACUUUAGAAAUUGCCCACAAGCAAGUGUUUGGGUAUGGGACAGAGACUUGGGAGUGGCAGAAAGGUAUUAGGAGUUAUCUGUACCCAAGUGUGAUAGCUGCACUGUAUACGAUUUUGAAAUAUACUGGACUUGACCAUCCUGAGGCCUUGAUUCUCCUGCCUCGCAUUCUACAAGCAGCCAUCAGCACUGCUGCAGAUUAUAGCUUUUACAAAUGGACAGGUGGCCGUAAAUGGGCAUUAUUCUUGGUACUUACCUCCUGGUUUUGGUUCUACACCUCCGGUAGAACAUUGCUGCAGACCUUAGAGACAGCAAUUGUUGGCAUUGCUCUAUCGUUGUUCCCAUUCAAGAGUGGAAAACUUGGGUAUUAUGAUCGUGAAAGUCCAUUAUGGAUAUGGUUGGCGGUAUUGUGCGUGUUCAUACGUCCCACAUCAGCUCCUAUAUGGGUCGUGCUUGGCGCAUACAAUCUGCUCACUACCAACCAAGGACGGCUGAGACUGAUCAUGAGGAUUUAUGUACCAAUCAGCAUCAUCGUUGGUAGCGCUCUUGUUGGUCUGGACUCCUAUUACUAUGGUAGACUGAUCGUUACACCGUGGGAGUUCUUCAGAUUCAACGUGCUCCAUGACAUUGCCUCAUUCUAUGGGCAACAUCCAUGGUAUUGGUACAUAACCCAAGGCCUGCCGGCAGUGUUAGGCGUCCACCUGGUGCCUGUGCUGUGGGCCACAAUCAACAUCCUGCGGCGUCCUCAGGAGAACAGAGUCGGAUUAUUGCUGUUAACUAUUGUUGCAGCAUACCUAGCGGUGUUCAGUUUUAUACCACACAAAGAGUUUAGAUUCAUUUUACCUUUGCUGCCGGUUCUGCUGUACCUCGCGCAGGAUGUUAUCGUACCUUGGAGCAGGAAAGCUCAGAAGUGGCAACUGUACCUGGUGGCGGGCGCCCUCCUGCUCGGCAACGCGGCCCCCGCCGUCUACUUCGGCUCGGUGCACCAGGCCGGCACGCUCAAGGUCAUGGCGGAGCUGCGGGACGCCAUCCCUAACAACAGGAGCUCCGUGGCCUUCCUCAUGCCGUGCCACUCUACACCGUUAUACAGCCACCUGCACAUGAACAUCACGACGCGGUACCUGAGCUGCGAUCCGCCGCUGUCGCAGUCGGGCGACACGUACGAGGCGGCCGCCUUCUUCAACAACCCGCUGCGCUGGUGGCGCGCCGAGUACUCCGCGCGACAGACCCCCACCCUGCUCGUGCUCUUCGACAAGCUCAAGGGGAGGAUCGAGAAUGUUCUCAACGACUACCAGCUGCUGCUUCAGAUCCCUCACACGCAGUUCCCCGAGGGCGAGGUGGGCGAGAACGUGCUGCUGUACCGCCGCGCGUCCGUCGCGCCGCGUCCGUCUCGUGCCGACGACCUCGAGUAG